UUUAUGCCUCCCCUAUGUAUGAAUUCACAAAUUCAUAUUACUUUGUAGUUCUAUUACACUGUAGUUGAGAUUUUCAAAGCUUUGCUUGCACAAUAUAUACCACAUCACUCACACGCAGCAAGAAGAUCGAGAGGGAUCAAACAUGAGAACCAGUUGCUUCCUCGGUCUUCACCCUCCACCAUCUUCAAAACAAGCUUCUCUCAUCCCCAUAAAGCCACCUCAAAUUUCACUGGCGAAAAACGAAGAUUACUGCUGGAGGAAGCAAUUCGUUGUGAUGGGAGUAGCAGCGUCGUACUGCACCAUAAUCGGCCUAGAAUUCUCCGAUCCGGCGGCAUCGUCAGCUCAUGAAUCCGUGACCCAAGAGGAGAUUAUCAUGAUCGCCGGUGAGGUUGAUGAUGAUGAAGAGGUGUUGACCAAUUCAUUGUCGGUUUCGGUUGGUCGUGGCAGUGCGAAAUGGAGCCAGAAAAGGGCGUGUCCUCCUUGGCGAGGCAACGCUUUGGAAACCAUCGUGCCGGAGAAUCUCCCGCGGCCGGCAGCGCGGCGGAGAUACGAGGCUGUUCGAUCAACCGCCAAGGUGGCGCCGCCGCUAGCUGAAGCCUUCAAAACUAAAUCCAACAGUACUGAUAGUUGCUUCUCCAUGUGAAACUGUAAUCAAUUACUCACUACUUGUAUAUAAUAAUUAUUGAUUAUCGAUUAUUAAUUAUAGGAAUGGUUCAAUUCCACUCUUAAAAAAAAUAUCUAUAACUAAUAAUUGCAUUUAACUCAGGGUAGCAGUAGUAGUAGUAGUACACGAUUGGAUUUAUGCUGGUUGAUGAUUGUAGUACAUGUAGUACAAAUUUCGAAUCCUUCAACUACUAAUUUUAUUGUACUACACCACUUUCUUUUUAUUUUUUUGGACAGAGACUGUUUUUUUAACUUUUAUUUGCUUUCAUAAACCCUCAAAUUUUAUUGGGCUUCAUCGAACUAGACUGGGUUUCAUUGCUGGGCUAUUCGGGCUUUGGCCCUUUUUGUUGUAUUCAUGUAAUAAAAGAAAAAGAAAAAUUUGCUUUGGUUUAUACAUUGAAUACUUAAAAUU